CGUUAUUAAUAUUUUAAAAAUGUGAACACAAAACAGUAACAAGUAUAAGGAACUUCACAGACAGGAAAACAAACAAACCCCGCCCGCAAACCUCACCGCGCAGCUCACGGGAGUUUUGCUCGAGAAGAAUCCCCGUGGAAACGCGAGCCCCGCGCCCGGGGGAAGUCUGUACGGACCCGAGUGGAGCGGGUGUGCCAGUGGAUGUCCGUGGUCCCCAUGGUCCGGCAUCGAGUCCCACUGUGUGGGGCCGCGGCCUGAUUUCCCCUCCCCACAGAGGGGCCGGCGGGUGGGAAGCAGAGGAGGGGGCAUGGGAAAAAGGAGGGUUUCAUUUCUUCGAGGUCGGUGGGAUUUAUCUAUGCAAAGAGGUAGGAAGCCUAUUCAGGCAGACCGAACAGCACGUAUAAAGGCCCUGAGGCGUGGAGGCCCUCGGCUUCAGGCAAGAAAACCAGGUGGCUGGGGUGGGCAUGGGGAGUGGACGUGGCCGGGCGCCCGGUGAGGAGAGGUCGGCAGGGGCACCCCGGGGCGGACAGCUGGAACUUCUGCACCCUACAGCUCCGGGUUUAGGGGAAAGGGGCCGAGACUGCGGGUAGGUCACAGUCCGGUUAGGGACCUAAUUGUGUGGAUCGGCACAGUCGUUUGGAAGUGCAGCAGAGGCUUUGCACGCUCACGACUUCUCCUGCGACCACUGGAGAGAAGACCCACUUUUCAGACCAGAUGGUGUUAUCUCCAUUUCCCAAAUGAGAAGACCGAGAAGCUGCCAGUCCCCGACCUUUGGAAUGUUCAGAGGUGGAGUCGCGCUGCCUCGGGGCACUCCCGGGCGCGGGCGCGGGCGCCCCGGGCGGGCCCUAGUCCCGGGCCGCUCAGCGCGGAGAACCGUGGGCCGGGAUGCCGGCCCUGCCACGCAGCCGCAGAGGCUUGGCUUCGCUGGCGAGCUGGCUGGCUGGCGGGCGGCGGGAAAGGAGGCGGCGCCGCCGGGAGCGCGGCAGGAACCUGGCCGGGCCCGCCUCCCUGGCCGCCGAGCAGCGCCGGCCCCUCAAGUGAUGAAAGCCCCGGCCGAGUCCAGGUCACGCUGAAGCCGUUGCCCUUUUAAGGGGGAGCCUUGAAACGGCGCCCGGGUUCCAUGUUUGCAUCCGCCUUGCGGGGAGGAAACUCCAUGUUGUAACAAAGUUUCCUCCGCGCCCCCUCCCUCCCCCUCCCCCUUAGAACCUGGCUCCCCUCCCCUCCGAAGCUCGCGGGGAUCCCUCCCUCCCACCCCUCCCCUCCCCCCCGCGCCCCGAUUCCGGCCCGAGCCGGGGGGGAGGCCGGGCUCCCGGGCCAGAGUCCGGCCGGAGCGGAGCGCGCCCGGCCCCAUGGACAGCUCGGCAGUCAUUACUCAGAUCAGCAAGGAGGAAGCGCGGAGCCCACUACGGAGCAAAGGUGACCAGAAGUCAGCAGCCUCUCAGAAGCCCCGGAGCCGGGGCAUCCUCCACUCGCUCUUCUGCUGUGUCUGCCGGGAUGACGGGGAGGCCCUGCCCGCCCAUAGUGGGGCACCCCUGCUCGUGGAGGAGAAUGGUGCCGUCCCCAAGGCCCCAGUCCAGUACCUGCUCCCUGAGGCCAAAGCCCAGGACUCGGACAAGAUCUGCGUGGUCAUCGACCUGGAUGAGACCCUGGUGCACAGUUCCUUCAAGCCAGUGAACAAUGCUGACUUCAUCAUUCCUGUGGAGAUUGAUGGGGUGGUCCACCAGGUCUACGUGCUGAAGCGGCCCCACGUCGAUGAGUUCCUGCAGCGGAUGGGUGAGCUCUUCGAAUGCGUGCUGUUCACCGCCAGCCUGGCCAAGUACGCAGACCCCGUAGCUGACCUGUUGGACAAGUGGGGGGCCUUCCGGGCGCGGCUGUUUCGGGAGUCGUGUGUCUUCCACCGGGGGAACUAUGUGAAGGACCUGAGCCGACUGGGCCGAGACCUGCGUCGGGUGCUCAUCCUGGACAACUCGCCUGCCUCCUAUGUCUUCCAUCCAGAUAACGCCGUACCGGUGGCCUCAUGGUUCGACAACAUGAGUGACACGGAGCUCCACGACCUCCUGCCCUUCUUCGAGCAGCUCAGCCGUGUGGACGACGUGUACUCAGUGCUCAGGCAGCCUCGGCCGGGCAGCUAGUGAGGCGCCACGGGGCUCGGACCUGCCCCUGACCACACCUGCACCCCACUCACUCGGACUCUGCCUUAAGAAAACUCAGCGCCACGGGGAAGCGGGGUCUCCCCGCCCCCCUGCCCCCCACCAGCCUGGCCAGGCUCUGGAGGGGGCAGCAGGCUGCAUGGAGGGCGAUGAGCCCCUGGGUCCCUGAGUCAGUGCCUUAGAACCUUCUCCUUGGGGGACCUGUGGGGCUCUGCAUGCCUCUCCCCCUUCCUUCCUUUCUCUCUGCACCGCCAUGUUUCUCUGCUGCCAAACUGGGCCCCUCGGGCCCUUCCAGUUCUGCUUGGGGGAGGGUCAGGGUUUGAGCUGCCCUCUGCCUUGGACCCGCCCUCCCCCCACCCCAAAUCUGGGAACAGAGGACACCAAGUGCCUUGCAUAGAGCCCUCUUCCCAGCUGAUUUUCCCAGGGCCACAAUCCAGGUCAGCUCUGCCAGGAACAGCCUUCAGGUUGCUGCAAUCUAGGCUGGUGGGGAAGGACUCAGUCUCCCCACCUCUUCCCUGGGGACUGCUGCAGGCCCCCCUCACCCUACCUCUGCCUAGGGCGGGGAGGGUUGAGGGUUGAUCUGUUUCCACUUGUGAAGGGAGCAAGGGUCUAUUCAGGACCCCAGAAUCCAGCUACUCUGGGCUCACCAGCUGCUGAGGGCUACUUCCCACACUGCCCUAAGUUCCAACCUCUCACCUCUGCCUUGGCCGGCCUGGAGGCCCUGGGGCUUGGUGCCCCCAGCUCCGUGUGGGGGCCCAGGCAGUAUCCUGCGGUGCCGUAUAAAUAUGUAUAUGUGUAUAUAGACUUUUAGGGGAGGGGAAGAGGGAAAAGUCCAGGUAGAGACACCCUUCCCUCGCCCUUCCCUGGGCCCAUAAACUAGGGGAGGGGGGGAGGAGGGAAAGGAUUUUUACAUUUUUUAAACUACUAUUUUCUGAAUGAAACAGGCUGGCCCAAGGGGCCCCAGGCCCUGUCCUUUGUCCCUCACACCUCUCUGCUCCAUUCAUUCAUUCAUUCAAGAAACAUUUAUUGAGCACCUUUUCUGUGCCCAGUGCUGUGCAGGUCCACCAGCGGAGUUUGUGUGUGGGUCUCUCUAGCCCACCUAACUGGUGCCUCCCCACCCCCACCCCAUACUUCACUGGUGCCUUUAGGGGAUCUGUAGGAGGUGGGACCUUUCUUGUGGGGUUUGGGGGUCUCCAGGAAACCUGGCCAAGCUGUUCCCCCGCCCCUGUGCCAAUCCCACCCCUGCAGCCCCUCUGCUUUGCCCCCUGCUGGCUGGGGGCAGCUCCCAGGAUGUCCUGCCUUCCAGCUCUGAGUCCUUUAUCUGGAAUCCCUCCCCCAAAUGCUGAGUCUGGAAGCCAGGGCCUUGGGCUCUCCCAAAGGCCUAACGGUUAAGGGGACCCACAUACCAGUGCCAAGGGGGAUGUCAGGUGGACAUGUCAUUACUCUCCCCACCAGAGAGCUGGGGGUGGGAGGGAGGACAAAGUUGGUCUGACUCGGGUGACCCUCCCAUCUAAGUGCCUUCUCUGUAAUGGAGAACCCCACAGUUUGAUAAGAACUAAAGCGAAAGCCAGACCCCCCCCCUCAA